AUGGCCAGCCGGUUGGCACAGCUCGGGUACACCAAAGUUACCGUGCUUGAACGGACAGACCGAGUUGGAGGCAAAUCUCUUACGCUGUAUCGGAACUUCACAAGCGAAUGCGUUCAGAGCGAGGACCAAAAUGGGGAAGUGGACACUUCUUCUUGCGUUGCGCACGAGAUGGGAACCUGCUUCUUGCACAACGGCUACCACACGAUCCGAGCCCUGGUUCAGGAAUACGACUUGAAGUAUGUGGUUGCUCCGGAGGGGCGUGCAAUGUUUUCCCAUUAUGCCGCGGACCAGUGGCACGCGCAGUCCAUGCACGACUUUGUCUCAGCCUCGAUCAUGGAUGGCAUCAAGCAAAAGAAGAUCAAGGUUCCAUUUUGGGCAGUCACGGAGAAGCUCAAGGUCCUUCAUGCGCUCAUUUCUGCCGUGAGCAAGUACAACCAGAUUCACAAGGCGAUCAUGGGCGAGAUUGAGUUUUCCAUGCCAUCCCGGAUGUCGGCAGAGAGUUUGAACAAAAUCAACAUGACAUUUCUAGAGUUCUUAGAGACAAACGAUAUGCAUGCGCUGUCCGGCUUUCUCAUGUUUGCUCACGCGGCUCAGGGCUAUGGUUACGUGAAAACCAUCCCGGCCUUCUACGGGUUGUGGUGGAUCAGCCCAGAACUGCUCAACGGGUAUGUGCAGAUGAGCUUCCGCCAGCAGUUGGAGCGUAUUAGCAACCCGGACAGCAAGUAUUUGCAAGCACUUCGAGGGCGAUGGGUGCAUGACCUUACCUGGCUGUUGGUUGGGGGUUCUGCCAACGUCGUGCAGCGAACUACAACUAUGCUACCAGAGGGGUAUCAGAAAAUUUGGACCACAAUGGCAAAGAAAGAUGCCCUGGAUGUUCGCUCCGGAGUGGAAAUCCAAGGUAUUGACCGCCAGCUGCAUGAUCCAGCUGCCCCAGUUCGCAUCACAUAUACCCAGUCCUCCGACCCCACGAAGGUGGUUAAGGAAGACUACGAGUUCCUGAUCUACUCGGGGCCACACGCUCAUGCGCACAAGUACGUGAAGGAUCUGGUGCCACAGGAGGAGGCGAUCUUCUCCCGCUUGAAGAGCUUUGUCUUGGCUACCACCAUCUACCAGAGUGAUCCAGUGUUGGACUACACGGACAAAGCGGAGGUUCCUAUCAUGUACAGCGCCGAUAAGAUGUCGGGUCCAGAACAGGACGGGGCCUGGUAUGCUGACCGCUACGACUCCAACAUUUUUGGCAAUGAGCUAGCCACAGGCAUGCAGACGCGUGUCGGCUACCAGUUCUACGAGAACUUCUGUGAAGCCGAUGAGAUGCUUUGUGACACAGACCGCACUCCAAACAGGAAGAACCGCAUGGAUGAGUCAUUGGAGGUGCUCGACAAGUUCCGGGAGGAGCUCAGAGAGCAAAGAGUGGAAAACGUCCGUGUUUUGCGACAGUAUCCAUGGCCUUACUUCCACCAUUUCCCCAACUCGGCUAUCAUGGAGGGCGUUCCCUGGGAUCUCUUCGACAUGCAAGACCUGGGAAGUGGGCUGAGAGCAGGUUCAAUCUUACGCAGGAAUUGGAUUGAAGCCAUAAGACCUGGUGGAUUGGUGCUAGUGCAUGCUUCGAGUCUGUCCACGACGUGA